AUUACCAAACCGACAGGUGGUUUGUUGCGCCACAAAUGGCAUCGUUAAAGACAUUCGGCGGAAAAAAAUAAAGCUAUUUGGGUGGAUGAGCAGAAGGCGGAUGAACUGGGGGAUGGAUGCGGGGGUGUAUCCUUAAGGUCAGAAAUAAAAGGUCGGUGGAUAUAUAUGGAGCAGGUGGUGCCGUUGUUAGACAGAGCAUCCGCCAGUGUUCCUAGGGAAGGGGCGAUUCCUUUGAAUGCAUCGACGGCGAAGAGGAACUUUGAAGUCACCAUGAAAGGACUGCUACUCCCCCUACUGCUGCUGUGGGCGGCUUGCGCUCUGAAGCCCGUGCGCGGUGAGGCGACGGCCGUCAAGCUGUGCGGCAGAGAGUUCAUCCGCGCUGUAGUCUAUACAUGUGGCGGCUCCAGGUGGAGGAGAGUCCUCGAUCAGCCUGAGUCACACGUCCGUGAUGCUGAAGAUCAGAGCAGCCUGGAGAAUCUUACCUACAGUCAGGGGAUGAGCAAGAGCAGGAGAGACCUCAACCAGGUGCUGACCACAGUAUGCUGUCAGGUGGGAUGUCGGAAGAGUGACCUGACCUUCCUGUGCUAAGGGGAACUUUAACUGACUGUCCUGAGUGUCCCGCUCUGCCAGCAAUCCAGGAAAAUCUCCUAAUACCUACAGCAGCAUCCUUCAUAUCAAAAUUCCUGGUAAUAAUUAAUGAAUGAACACAAAUGGUCAAAUCGAUUUCUGAUUUGUAAG